AUGGGUGAUGAGGAGUUUAGCGUGGGGGAUGCGGGGGCCUCUAUGGGGACUCCCAUUCAGUGUGGUGCUAUAAAGAAAAAUUCUUACGUCAUCAUAAAAGAAAAGCCAUGCAAAAUUGUCGAGGUGUCGGCCUCAAAAACGGGCAAGCACGGGUCUGCGAAGAUCAACUUUGUCGGCAUUGAUAUUUUUUCCGGCAAGCGCCUGGAGGAAUGCCGUCCUUCUGGUCAUACUGUGAUCUCUCCCACUGUCACCAGAACUGAGUGCCAGCUGGUCUCCAUUGAUCAGGAUGGAUUUCUCGAACUUCUGAUGGCUGACAAUACCACUCGCUCUGAUAUUCACGGAAGCGAUAUGUUAGAUACUCUGAAGGAGAAGUUUGAGAAUCUUGGGGAUAAUGAGGAUCUUUUGGUGACCUAUAUUUCAGCCAUGGGCCAGGAGAAAGUUGUCGAGUGUCGAAUUAAUACCAACAAAUAA